AUGGUUUUCAAUCCGCAAGAUGCAAUUUCAAAAUACCAACAUUUCGACUUCAGCUCGCCCUAUGUCACCUAUGGACUCGUUCUGUUGGUUCUAUGUUACUGGUGGAAAUCUACAAAGCUAAACAAUCCCUCUGGACUGCCAGUUAUUGGCAGAAGAUGGUAUGAGCUGGGUAAUGGCAAGGCUCGACGGCGGUUCCGGGAUGACUGCCUUGGCACUGUCAGGUCCUGCAUGAAGAAGGUCAGUAAAAUUCCAAUUUUCAUCUAUUGCCCUGAUCUAAUUUUUGAAUUUACUUCUGACUAUCGCUUAAUCCUUUCUCAUAACUAUGUCGAGAUGCUCCGCAAUGAAAAGCGACUGGAUUUCAUCACGGCCCUCGCCGAUAAACUCGACAGUGGAGUGCAUGGCUUUGAGCCAAUGGCAUCGAUGACAAGUGAUAAAAAGAUUUUACACGCUGUAACGAAGAAUUCACUGAAUCGCUAUUUGGGGACAUUUGUUGAGCCACUUAAUGAAGAAUCUGACUAUGCACUUCGUCAGAUCUGGACCGAUACGCCUGACGGCCAAGAGUUUAUGUUGAAAGACUCCGUCUGGAAAAUGUUUGCUCAGAUAAUGUCUAGGACGUUUAUCAAUGACAAGGACUUUUAUCGGAACCCCGAGUGGGUGAAUGCGAGCUCGGAGUAUGUCGAACUAUCAGCCCUGGCGGGCUAUGAACUUCGAGCGUUCCCAAAAUGGGCAAAACGCUUCGCUGCACCCUUUCUUCCAAAUUGCCGGAAGCUUCAGUCCCUUUAUAAACAUAUCAAUACUCUCUUGGAGCCUUUGAAGGAAAAGUUGGAUGGGCAAACCUUAGAAGUCGAUCCCAAGGGCCCACUAGGCUUCCUACAUCAAACGCUCGGAGGCCGGUCAGAUGAGCUUGCGUCCAUGUUGAUUGCCCUCUGCCUGGUGUCAUACGACGGAGGAGCCGAGUUUUUCACUCAUGUUCUGCACUCGAUUUGGGGAAACGAUCAACUGAUAAGUGACCUUCGUUCUGAGAUUGUGAAUGAGGUUGGGAAAGAGGGCUUUAACAGGAACUCUUUGCAAAAUCUAGUGCUCAUGGACAGCGUCCUGAAGGAGGCUCAGCGUAUGCAUCCUGAGUCCGUUCUUAUGAUGCAGAGAAAGGCUCUGGAGGAAGUCGUGUUACCCGACGGACUCAUUAUACCAAAAGGAACUACAAUCAUGGUCUCCGCGUGCGAUGUGAUCGACGCUUCUAUUUGGCCGAAUGGUGACAAGUUCGAUGGCUACCGAUAUUUCAACCUACGCCAACAAAAGGAUUCUUCUACAAACACGGCAUCUUACAACUUUACAUCAACAUCUCCAGACCAUUUCAGCUUCGGUCACGGUACCCAAGCCUGCCCCGGGAGAUUCUUUGCGUCGUACAUGCAGAAGAUACUUCUCUGCCAUGUGCUUAUGAAAUAUGAUCUUUCGGUCACGAUUCCGGAGGAGGGUGCAUGGUUUCAACGUGCCCACACUCAUGUGGCUCAUCCAGGGCUUAAGGCCCAUGUCACGCAAAGAAAAGAGGAGUUUCAAUUGUUGGAAAAGAAUUCGUAA